AGCACUUGAGCUUUGUGAGAAUGUCAUCUAACCUCCCACCGUCUGAAGAGGCAGUUGUUGAACUUGAUGUCUCAGAGGUGCAAUCACCAGCAGUUGCAGCCGCCCCUACAGGAACUACUACUGAGGCAGCAAUUGUAGUAGAUAGCUCAUCAUCGAGUAUAGAUAAUGAUGGAUCACAAGAAGGGGAUAAUACAGAAGAGGGACAAGUGCAGGAACCUCCUACUAAGGUUCAACGUACUGAAAUAAAUGUUGAUGGAGUUCCCGAGAAUAAAGUUUUCAUUGGCUGCAUACCGCAGACUGUAUCGGAUGAGAGAUUGAAGAGAGAACUCAGGGGCAUCGGAUCCUCUACAGAGGAAAGGAGUCAACCAAGGAAGAUCCUUGGGUUGUGUUAUGUUCGGGAUGGUCAACAAUCAGAUCGUGGUGUCGCCUUUGUGACCUUCUCUAGUAAGGAAGAGGCUGAGGAAUGUGUUAAUGAGAUGAACGGCAAGCUCGUUUUCAAGAAUGCCAAUAGACCUGUUCAUGCAAAGUUGACCUGUGAAAAACUGCAUGAGAAUCUCUCUGGUACAGUAUUCGACAGAUCCCCUAGUAUAUAUGGCAAAAAGUUACCCCAUACUCAUUGGACUGAGUAUACUGCUGAUGAUACUGGAUUGGUAUAUUACAAUAAUGAUACUACUGGCGAAAGUGUAUGGGAGAAGCCAGAGUGUCUUGCUGAAGCUGAAGAAGAUCUUCCACCCGAGCCAUCACCUACUGACACAACAUCUGAGGAUGGUGGUGACGAAGAGAUUCAGUGUGAUUGAAGAGGUAUUGGUGAUUAAGAUACGUUUCAC